AUGAUGUUUGUUGUUGCCAAGACUAUUUGGACAAAGCCCACUGCCGAGGCCAAGAAGACCAACCACAAGAGACGCCACGAUGUCACGGAGUACUAUGAAAAGGUGUCCAGAUUCCGACUAGAAAGUCAUCCCACUGCAGAUGAUAUUGAUGCAGACAAAAUGAGCAGGCUUCCAGCUUUGGCGGAAUACUAUUAUUCAAAGGAUCUCCUAAGGUUUGGCUGGGAGGGUGUAUUGAAAGCACUUUUCAGUGGAACUCGAGACAAGGAGUCACCUCUCAAGUUGCUUCGAGAUUAUGAAGCGACCAUUCUCAGAGAAGCCCAUUCGUCCCUUGCCUAUCUAGGAGCACGGCAUGUUAAGCUCACGAUUCCAGCUGCGCUAGUUGGCCGAGGCGAGACGAUACCCGGCUGCAAUUCACCUUUGGCAGACGUGGUAUAG